AUGGAUUUCCAGGGUCAGCAGGGCGGCCAGCAGAGCGGCGGCAGAGCUUGCUUCAGCUGCGGCGCUACCACCCAUCAGGCCCGUGACUGCCCCAACCGUGGCGCUGCUAAGUGCUACAACUGUGGCAACGAGGGUCACAUGAGCCGUGACUGCCCGGAAGGUCCUAAGGAUACCAAGACGUGCUACCGGUGCGGCCAGGCUGGCCACAUCUCCCGUGACUGCCCCAGCUCGGGUGGUGCCCCUGGUGGUGGCCAGUCGUCGGGCGCCGAGUGCUACAAGUGCGGUGAAGUCGGCCACAUUGCUCGCAACUGCCCCAAGAGCUCUUACAACAACUCGUACGGCGGCAGCUCGGGCGGCUACGGCUCGUACGGUGGUGCUGCCAAGACCUGCUACUCUUGCGGCGGUGUCGGUCACAUGUCGCGCGAUUGCGUUAACGGCAGCAAGUGCUACAAUUGCGGCGAGACCGGCCACUUCUCGCGCGACUGCCCCAAGGCCUCGACCUCGGGCGAGAAGAUCUGCUACAAGUGCCAGCAGCCCGGCCACAUCCAGGCCGACUGCCCCAACAACUAA